ACUCUUUCAGAUAAAAUGCCCAAGUCUUAUCGUGGGUAAUCAAGUCAACCAUUCAUAUCAUCACAUCCUUUUUACGUCAUGGGACCUGAUGGAAGUUUCCUAAGUACUGGAGUGCUUCAUGUCAUUGUAUGGGGAAGCUUGGGAGCCAUGGCAAUGCUUCUGGUAUUUAGUUUUCUCAUCUUUCUCUGCUCUGGUUGUGACAGGGAGAAGAGACCUGAGCAGCAAAAUGGGGACCAUGAAAAUCUGAUGAAUGUGCCUUCAGAUAAAGAGGCAUUUAGUCACUCUGUCACAAGUCUGGCUACAGAUCCGAUUGCAAGCAGUGAACAGAAUGGUGGAGUCAGUAAUGGAGAUGUUCUUUCAGAAGAUAGUACAACAACUUCCAUCCAGCCUUAUGAAGAAGUGCAAACCUCUGUUACAGAUCUCUUGGAUCAACAAGACAACUUGGGAAGGUCGUUAAAAUGUCAUCAAAGUAGGGAGCUACCCAGAAUUCCUCCAAAUAAUGGCAUAGAAACGAUUCUUACCACAAGAACUGUAGAAAAUGACCAGAGUCUGGGAAUGGAGGGGCCCUAUGAAGUGUUGAAAGAUAGUUCCUCUCAAGAGAACAUAGUAGAAGAUUGCUUGUAUGAAACUGUGAAGGAAAUUAAGGACCUGGGAGCAGCAGCCAACUCAGAGAAAUGCAAACCAAAGACCACAGUGAUGGCUAAUGGAAUUUUAGAUCAUGUUCUUGAGCAGAAGACAGAAUCAGCAGAAUAUGCAUCCGUUGACAGAAAUAAAAAAAGUUGUCAGAGUGUUAAUUCAGAGAGUCCUCUUAGCAGUAAUACUCCAGAUGUGGAAGAUGAAGCUCCACCUCCUGUACCAAUAAAACUUCUUGAUGAAAAUGAGAAUGUACAGGAUAAAGGAGCCAAAGAAGAGGAAGAAGUAAUGGAAAGGCUUAGUGAACCUGACAAGAGGCUUAGUUCAUUGAUUUAUAAAUCUCGAGAAGAUGACCCAUCUCUUACAGAAGAUGAGAUUUCAGCAAUGUAUUCUUCUAUAAAUAAAACAGGACAACCGUCUAGAGACUUGGAAUCAACUUAUACCUGUAUUCCUGAAAUUGUACCUCAGAAGUCACCAUCUAUUUGCAGUGGCCUCUAUGCCAGUGUGAAGGACUUGGAAAGUAAUCCAAACCUUACUGAUAUGCCUCAGUCAACAAUACUUCUAAAUGGGGACUUGGAACCAGACUAUGAAGCAAUUCAGACUCUCAGUCGUGAGGAGGAAAGAAAUGUGUUGAUCUCUAGCAACACUCAAACAGUCCUCUCACAAGAGAAUGACUAUGAGAGUAUUGGUGAUUUGCAGCAAAAUAAAGAUCUCAGUAGGCUUUAACUGGUUCAAAUGCAAGACUUUGGAACAGGCUUUUCAGUAAGUCUUUCAAGAUGGGUUUACUCCAUGAAUUAUCACUUGCAAACUGAACACACAGUUGGAAAUGUAAAAUGGCCUCUGUUGCAAAAGCAUUUUGCUUGAAAUGAUGUCAGGUAACAUGAAAGCUUAGCCUGGGAUGUUUGAUCAAUGAUUCCUGCUUCAUAUCCAUAAAAUCACCAUACAGGUAUGAACUUACCCCAACAAGCAGGAAAUGGGCUAGUGCUCCUUUUGAAGAACCAAGAUCACAUGGAUGAAAAAAAAAUGAAAAACAAAAUCUUUGCUGUUUCAUCAAUAUGUACAGUGAUUUUCCUACUCUCGUAGGGUGAUAGUUAUCACAACAACAUACAGAUAAAUCAGAAUCAAAGAUUAAGGUACUGGAAAGGCUUCUAUAGCAAGAGCCAAGUUGAAUAAAGAGUGACAUGUUUAUCUCUUGCCUACUCAGAGGAGCACAUGCUCAGACACAUACUCAUAUCCUAAUAUAUAAAGAGUGAUACUGUUAAAUAAGGGCCUUUUUAAAGAACCUUUACUUUGAGUUACUUCAAUCAUUUUAUUAAAUUAUAUUUCCAAAUUACACAUUCAGUUAAAUUGUUUUCAAACAUAGGCACAGCUUGCCAUAAAGAGUAUUGUCCCCACCACAUAUAUAGGUACACAUAGUGGGCUAAUUUGCCUUAAUUUAUUCAAUGCAGACAUGGGAUGUUGUAAGAGAAUGUGCGGGCCUAAUUCUCAGGUUCAUACUUCAGCUGGAUCAAUGUCAUUUGUGGGAGUUAGGAAGGACAGUCCCUUUCUGAGGAACUAGAGCAGAUGUAGUUGAAGAAAGCAGGCAUAUCUUGUUCGCUUCAUUGGUGGUUUACAGACUGGCUAUAUAAUUCCUGACUUUUUACAGUUUUUCAAUUUUGUAAAACCUAUUUUCCUCCAAUACAAUAUUGUGCUAUGAUUGAUUUACAUUUAAAACUGAUGAUACAGUCAGGAUACUUAAAAAUUAUAUUUAAUACAUGUAUACUUUCUGCUUUUCCAAUACUGGCAAAUCACUUUUAUUUUUAUCUUUAAUGUAUUUUGCAACCUGCCCAAACAAGCUGCAAUGUUUUGCAUAGGUUAUAGUUCCCUCCCAAACAAGUACUUAAUGCUCUUUAAGAAAUAUCUUUUUAUAUAAAAUUGUAAAUAAAAGUUAGACAUAUUGUAGACUGGGGUUAUUUAAGGAAGUGAGGUAUUCAGAAUACGUGAGUCUAAAACAGACUACAAAGAUGAAAUUGUUUAAUUAAAGUGAAAGUUAAUACAAAUAAAGGAAAAUAAUGCAAUUAUAUUUAGUGACCUACAAUUUUAGUUAUUGUCAGAAUCACUCUGGACAACAUUUAUGCUCACUUGUUCAAUUUCAACACACUGUAGCCAACUCAAGAUAGCUCUGCCACUGGAUCUUUUCUUUUAUAGCUAGGCAAGAUUUCAGAAGGUUUUAAACCAGCAACCAUAGAAACACAAAACAACAGACCUUUCUUGCAGAUUCCACAGUAUCACCAAAAAAGUGUUGUUUGGUUUUUAUAAAGAUUAGUGCCAAUACUUAGCAUGUGACUUUCCUCCAAUCCAUCGCGCCAAAAUGCCAUGAGUGAAAUUGUACCUUGCCUUCCAGUCUUCUUUAGAUCCCCACUCCCUUUCUUCUCCUCAGCUUUGUUCAGCUGAUUUGCACAAAAAUAUCUUGCAGCAUUGAAAGAUAAAACACAUUUAUUGCAGCGUAAGAUUUUGAAUCAGAUUGUCACUUUAUUCACACUUUGUUGGGCACCACAAGAUGUUUAAUCUUUUGCUUAAAAGCAACAAAUGUGGCUGACCUCUGAAAACUGAUCCACACAGUUUCCAAAGGAUGUGGCAUUUAAAGAUUUCCUGCACAGAUACUGUAGAACUAAAUAUUACUUAAUGCGAAAGAGAACUGCACGUCUCUGACAUUCAGAGAUACAUGCUGUAAGGAGUUCUAUGGGGAAUAAUGCAACUUUUUGAAAGGAAAAAAUAAUGCAUAUUAAUCUGCUGAAUCUGUUGUGUCUUUAUGUUAAAUACCUAUUAAAGUAGUUGUAUGAAUAUCAAUUCCCAUAAAAUAGUUUGAGUAACUUGUUAUCAGAAUAACCUGCCAUAGAAAUUGAGGGUCCACUGACCAAGGGAGCUUGCCCUUUAAUUUGUUAGAUAUAUUAAUCUGAAUUGAGUCUUCAUCUUAACAACCACCACGUGGGCAUAAUUUCAUGGUCUCUAUCUGGCAGUUGCUGCAUAUUUGCUGUGAUUGGGCAGUUUGCCUCAAGGACUGGGUGGAAAAUGCAUAUAGCGAUACCACAUUUUUGGUGGUGUAUUACAAAGUGAAAUCCUCUGACCUGUGUUGGUGAAAAUACUGGUCAUAGCAGUAAUUUAAAAUGGAUUCCCAGAAAGAGAUGACUGUCAUAUAUUUAGCAUUUAGGAAAUUUACUUUCCAAAGCUUUCUGUAGAUGUUCUCUACAGAAUGUAUGUCAUAAAAUGUACAGGACUCUUGAUGUAUACUGAUAAAAAUGUAUAAUUCUGUGAAGAAAUUCUGGAUCCCAUCAGUCUUCCUCCUGUGGGGCACAGAUAGCAAGUUAUUUCCAUCAAGGCCAUCUGUGUGAGGAACAUCUUAUUUUAAAAUAUACAGCAGAGAGAAUUUGUGAACUCUCCUUCCAAAAUAAACACAGUGUCCUACAAUGGUAAUGUGAUAGGCAUCUUGUUUCUUUCAGCAUAAAAGACUGUGCCUUUAUAAACUCACCUUCCAUAAAAAGUCUGGACCGCUUCUAGCAAUAGAAAACUUGGUGCUCUCUCUUAAACUGUACUAUGGUGCUGUACAAAAUUCUUUAAAAUACUAUUUCACUGUAUGUGUUCCUCUCUGCUAGUUUGUAUUGUUAUUUUGUUUGUUUGUUUUAGAAGGGAGACGUUUUUUCUACUACAUUAUCUAUAUUGCAUAGUUUGGAAUGCUUUAUUUCAAGCAGUGCUUCAGGGCACUACAAAGAGCACCAGAGGCAUGCUUAGAAAGUGUUAAAAAUGGCUGACUGCAGGUCAGUGUUUCAUGCUGAAGCACAGCCAGCUACUGUACCCGUGGAAAGAGAGGGGUAGGGAAUUCUUAGGGGGACCUGAGCAGGUAGUAAUGAGCAUCUAGUGGCAGUAAUAAGGGAAGUUAACUGUACUGCAGAUAUACAUUUGCUGGCUUUGUGUGAUGUAUGUGAUGUGUGUUUUACUUGGAUGUUUUGUUUUUUGUAUAUACACGUUUAUUUCUCUUAACAAAAGAAAAUACUUGAUUUGAUGUUUUGUACUUCUGCCUUGUACCUGGUUUCUGUCAGUCUAUUUGUGCGAAAGGAUAUUAAAGCUGAAAGGUACUGGAUGUCA